GCCACGCAGCGCUGAGCUGGGUCGACUGGGACAGCCAGCGCCAACAGAACCCGACCACCGACCACCGACCACCGAGCCAGACAGAGCCAGGAUCGCCUGUCGUUGGAGCCAACAGUCGCCAAAAAGCGUUUGUUUGCCUUACCGCGCCGACGAAUUUGUCUGGCAGUUGCACACCAUGGGUCUCAAAAAGAAGGUCAUCGGCUCGGCCAAGACCGCCGAAGCCAAGAGCAAGCCCGAAUACGAUCCCUCGCUGCUGCUGCAGCAGGCCCUCAAGGCCAUCGAGGACUGCCAGCCCGAUCUGGCGCGCAAGUUCCUGGCUCGGAUCCUCGAGUCCAACCCGAACCACAUCGAGGCGCUCGAGACCAUGGGCCUCGUCGAGCUCGAGCUCAUGAACUCGGUACAGACCCCGCUCUCGUUCGACGACAUCCAGACAGCAGCCACAAACUCGAUCAACUACUUUUCGCGAGCCGUUGCCCUGGAGCCCAACAAAGGCCAUGCCAAGUUCCUGUAUCUCGGCCAGCUCUCUGGCGGAAAGGAGUCGAUCGACUUUUACCAGAAGGGCGUUGCUCUGCUCUUCAAGGAAAUCGAGGCGAUUGCUGACCAGAGCUCGGAAGAGGCCGCCAAUCUGAAGCGCAAGCUCGCAUCGGCGCUGUGUUCAAUGACAGAAAUCUACAUGACCGACUGCUGUGACGAGCCCGAGGCCGAAUCUUCAUGCGAGGCUUUCGUCUCCAAGGCAAUCGAGUACGACCCGCUGAGCCCCGAAGUCUACUCGACCAUGGCGUCGGUGCGACUAUCACAGUGCCGGGAGGGCGAAGCAACCCAGGCUCUCCAGCAAUCUCUGUCCCUGUGGUUGGGCGGAGCUGCCAAGCCCGGCGACUCGGUCUGGCCGACAUACCCGCAGCGAAUAUCCCACGCCAAGCUCUGUCUCGAGCUUCAUCUGCUCGAACAGGCCCUGGCUGUUCUGCAGACCUGUCAGCUCGAAAACGACGAGGAUCCCGAGUGUUGGUAUCUGUUUGGCUGGGCAUACUAUCGAUCUGGUGGAGGUGGCGACGAUGAGGCCGGCACCGCAGCAGGCGUUACCCUCGAAGAGAAGCUGGACCACUGGGCCGAUGCCCAAGAAUGCUUGCAGAACGUCCUGAAUCUCGACGAAAAAUAUGGCACUGCCGAUGAAGGCGCCGUUGCCCACUCUCGGGAGCUGCUGAAUUCGAUCGUACCGUUCCUGGUGCAGCACAACCGCAACGAUAUCCCGGACGAGGGCGAAGAAUGGGUCGACGCCGACGACGACGACGAGGAGAUGGACGGAUAGAACCGCCAUCCUGGCCCCGAUUGCCCGUGCUGUUUACCUGCCAAAGACCCACCCCUCGCAUCUAAUACAGUAUUCCACCACGUCGCUGCAGUCUUUCCGGAG